AUGGGGCAAAAGCUAACAACCCCCUUAAGCCUUACUCUAGAUCACUGGACAGAAGUCACCACCCGGGCCCACAACCUGUCGUUGGAGGUCUGGAAGAAAAAGUGGAUCAGCUUCUGUUCCUCCGAAUGGCCCGCCUUCAAUGUAGGGUGGCCUAAGGAGGGCUCCUUUAAUCUUGGUGUUAUUUUACAGGUGAAGGCUCGAGUUUUCCAGCCCGGCCCUCACGGACACGCUGACCAAGUCCCCUACAUAAUUACUUGGGAAAAUCUUGCUCAGGAUCCCCCGAAGUGGGUUAAGCCUUUUCUCUCCCCUUCCAUCCCCCUCUCGGCCCCUCCACCCUCUCCCACUCCCCUAGUCCCUCUUCCUCCUGCCCCCAUCCAGCCUACCUUUCCUCCCCUGCCUGUCCCUCAGCCACCUACUCCCCUCACCCCUCCUCCACCACCCUUAUCCCAAUCUUUCCUCUACCCCCUAAGGGAGUUGUCAAAACUUAAAACAAAGGACCCCUCCCCCUCCUCUUCAAGACCCCCCGUUCUGCCUGAUAAUCAGACAGAGACAGACUUGUUAUUGUUAGAGCCUCCCCAAAUGCCAGACCCUCCGCCGCCUUAUGCCCAACCUGCUCCUGCUCCUAUGGAAGAGCAAAGGGGCCCGAUAGGGGUCUCCCAUUCCCCAUCUGCUCCUUCUCCGGACUCCACUGAGCUGGAGGUGGAGCCCCGGAUGCCUUCGUCACCUCCCAGCAGUCGUCUGUGCCUCCGCCGUGAUCGAGGCGGAGAGACGGGGGGAGGCUGGACGGCCCAUGCUUUUCCCCUCCGGACAGUGGCCGGCCAAUAUCAAUAUUGGCCCUUUUCUGCUUCGGACUUAUAUAACUGGAAAACCCAUAACCCGUCCUUUUCACAGGACCCUCAGGCCCUUACGGGCCUGAUUGAAUCCAUUCUGCUAACCCACCAGCCCACUUGGGAUGAUUGUCAGCAACUCUUGCAGACUCUCCUCACCACGGAGGAACGGCAGCGAGUGUUCCUAGAGGCUCGCAAGAAUGUUCCAGGAGAAGAUGGCAGGCCAACGCAGUUGCCCAAUGAGAUCAAUGAAGUGUUCCCGUUAACCCGCCCAAAUUGGGACUUCAACAUCGCAGCUGGUAGGGAGCGACUCCGUCUUUAUCGCCAGGUUCUGUUGGCAGGUCUCAAAGGGGCCGGGAGGCGCCCCACCAAUUUGGCUAAGGUACGUGCAAUAGUGCAGGGUUCUGAGGAAACGCCUGCGGGAUUUUUAGAGAGACUAAUGGAAGGAUACCGUAUGUAUACGCCCUUUGACCCCUCUGCUGCAGACAGACAAUCCGAUGUCAUUAUGUCAUUUAUCGGGCAGUCGGCCCCGGACAUUCGGAGUAAGCUACAACGGUUGGAGGGGCUUCAGGGGUAUACUUUACAGGAUUUGGUUAAGGAAGCAGAGAAAAUUUUUAAUAAGAGAGAGAGGCUAGGACACUGGGUCAGGAACUGCCCGAAAAAAAGGGGGCAGAUAAGAGGAUCCCGAAGACCAGCACAAGUAUUGUCCCUACAGGAUGAAGAUUAGGACAGUCAGGGCCAGGAGCCCCCCCCUGAGCCCCGGGUAACCCUUCAAGUGGGGGGCCAGCCAGUAACCUUCCUGGUUGACACUGGCGCCCAACAUUCGGUCCUAACCCGAGCAGGAGGUCCCCUGAGUUCUAAGACAUCCUUGGUGCAGGGGGCCACAGGGGGAAAAUUGUACCGAUGGACAACUGAGCGAAAAGUACACCUCGGAACAGGGCUAGUCACCCACUCAUUCCUCCUAAUUCCAGACUGCCCCUAUCCAUUGUUAGGGAGGGACCUCCUCUCAAAGGUAGGGGCCCAGAUUUAUUUCCAAGGAAAAGGGGCCUCCGUUAGAGGACCCCAAGGACAGCCCCUCCAAGUCCUAACCUUACGCCUGGAGGAUGAACACCGGUUACAUGAAAGCCCUCAGUCAGCUCAGAUCGACCCCCAAUGGUUAUCAGAUUAUCCCCAGGCUUGGGCGGAGACUGCAGGAAUGGGACUGGCUACGAACCAGCCUCCCGUGGUUAUUGGACUUAAAGCUUCAGCUACCCCGGUAAUGAUACGCCAGUAUCCAUUAAGCAGGGAAGCCAAAAAUGGAAUUAGGCCUCAUAUACAAAGACUGCUCCAAUUGGGUAUCCUAAAACCAUGUCAAUCUCCAUGGAAUACCCCCUUAUUGCCCGUCAAAAAGCCUGGGAUGGGAGACUACCGUCCAGUACAGGACUUGAGGGAAGUGAAUCGGAGGACAGAGGACAUACAUCCCACGGUGCCUAAUCCCUACAACUUACUAAGUACGCUGCCCCCGAACCACACAUGGUAUACAGUGCUCGAUUUAAAGGAUGCUUUCUUUUGCGUAAGGCUAAGUCCUCAGAGUCAAUCGAUCUUUGCUUUUGAAUGGAGAGAUCCAGAAUCAGGUUUUUCAGGACAGCUCACAUGGACGAGAUUGCCACAAGGAUUUAAAAACUCCCCGACCCUGUUUGACAAGGCUCAACAUCAGGACCUGGCUGACUUCAGAGUCAAUCAUCCCCAAUUCACUCUUCUACAGUAUGUAGAUGAUCUACUCCUAGCAGCUGAGACUCGAGAUGACUGUUUGAAAGGUACUGGGGCCCUUUUAAAGAGACUGGGGGAGUUGGGGUAUAGAGCCUCAGCCAAAAAGGCCCAAAUCUGUGUCCAACAAGUGACCUAUCUAGGCUACAAGCUGGAAGGAGGGCAGAGGUGGCUAACAGAGAGCCGAAAACAAGCCAUCACCCAGAUCCCUCCGCCCACAAGUGCGCGAGCACUGAGGGAGUUCUUAGGGAGUGCUGGAUUCUGUCGCUUGUGGAUACCAGGGUUUGCUGAACUGGCAGCCCCUCUGUACCCCCUUACCAAGGCAAAUACCCCAUUCCGAUGGGAAAGGGAACAACAACAGGCUUUCGAUCAAAUUAAGAAGGCCUUAUUAUCAGCUCCGGCCUUGGGCCUCCCAGAUGUGACCAAGCCGUUCACUUUAUAUGUGGAUGAGCGACAGGGAAUUGCAAAAGGAGUUCUGACCCAAAAAUUGGGACCUUGGAAAAGACCGGUGGCCUAUUUUUCAAAAAAACUGGACAGUGUGGCGUCAGGAUGGCCACCAUGUCUCCGGAUCAUUGCAGCUGUGGCCGUGUUGGUAAAAGACUCUGAUAAACUAACCUUGGGACAGCCCUUAACGGUGACGGCCCCCCAUGCCAUAGAGACAGUUAUUCGCCAGCCCCCUGACUGUUGGCUUUCAAACGCCCGGAUCACCCAUUACCAGACAAUGCUGUUAAACCCCGACCGAAUCCGGUUCGGGGCCGCAGUCUCUCUCAACCCAGCAACUCUACUUCCGGACUCAGGCCCUCACCUCUCCAUCGAACAUGAUUGUCAUCAAAUCCUGGCCGAGGUGCACGGGACCCGAGAGGACUUGACCGACCAGCCCCUACCAGAUGCUGAACACACCUGGUAUACGGAUGGAAGCAGUUUUCUGCAUAACGGUGAGCGGAAGGCGGGGGCAGCAGUAGUAGAUGGGACCACAGUCAUCUGGGCAUCAGCCCUAGAGCCUGGGACAUCAGCACAGAGGGCCGAACUCAUUGCCCUGACACAGGCUUUGACAGAAGCCCGGGGGAAAAAAGUCAACAUUUAUACAGACAGUCGGUAUGCUUUUGCUACCGCACAUGUCCAUGGAGAGAUUUAUAGGAGGCGAGGCUUAUUAACCUCGGCAGGAAAAGACAUUAAAAAUAAAAAGGAAAUCCUAGACCUCCUACAAGCCCUCUUCCUACCUAAAAAGGUGAGCAUCAUCCAUUGCCCAGGUCACCAAGUGGGGAGGGACCCUGCAGCAGAAGGGAACAGGAUGGCGGAUGAAACUGCUAAGGCAGUGGCCUUACAAAACCAAACCCUUGCCUUAGCCACAUCACGGGAAAGACAGCCAAAUAAACAGCCUCUCUUCCAGUAUUCAGACCAGGAUGUGGAAACAGCCAAAAAGCUAAAGGCAACCUUUAAUAACUCGACUGGGAUGUGGGAAUAUGAAAACCGGACUAUAUUGCCCCGCAAGGAUGCGAGAAGGCUGGUUACUUACUUACACAGGUGGACCCACUUGGGUUACAAAAAGUUGGAGACUCUUUUACAGAGGGAGGAGCAGUCUCAUUACAUUCCAGAUCUGCCGGGCAUAAUUAAACAGGUCAUAGACUCUUGUGUUCCCUGCGCCAAGGUCAAUGCAGGCCGAUUCCAAGCGCCCGCUGGAGUCAGAAUGAGAGGAGAACGACCUGGCACCAACUGGGAGGUCGAUUUCACUGAAAUUAAGCCUGGCAAGUAUGGAGCUAAGUAUCUCCUAGUCUUUGUGGAUACCUUCUCCGGCUGGACAGAAGCUUUCCCCACCAAACAAGAGACUGCACAAGUGGUAGUCAAAAAGAUUUUGGAAGAAAUUUUCCCUCGAUUCGGGCUCCCUAAGGUAAUAGGGUCAGAUAAUGGCCCUGCUUUCGUCUCCCAGGUAAGUCAGAUGGUGGCCAAGCUGUUGGGGAUAGAUUGGAAAUUACAUUGUGCUUAUCGCCCCCAGAGUUCAGGACAGGUAGAACGAAUGAAUAGGACAAUUAAAGAGACCCUAACCAAAUUAGCCCUAGAAACUGGCACUAAAGACUGGGUCCAACUCCUUCCCAUGGCCCUGUUUAGAGCCCGGAAUACUCCGGCAAGCCAUGGAUUAACCCCCUAUGAAAUCUUGUAUGGAGGACCUCCUCCUAUAGCAGAUUUUCUUGACCCUGCCAUUGAUUCUUCUACAAAUAUCCAAAGCCUACAGGCACGGCUGCGAGCUCUACAACUCAUCCAGAGACAAGUGUGGAAGCCGCUGGCCGCCGUCUACAGCGCGGGGAGCUCUGCAGUCCCGCAUCCCUUCCAGGUUGGUGACGAGGUGUACGUGAGGAGGCACCAGUCCAAGACCCUCGAGCCGCGGUGGAAGGGCCCGUACAUCGUGCUGCUGACCACACCCACUGCGCUAAAGGUAGACGGGAUCGCUGCCUGGAUCCACGCCUCCCACGUCAAGCGAGCGCCGCCUGGAGACAAGAAGGACACCUCGGAGCCAGCGAGAUGGAAGGCGCAGCGCACUCAAAACCCCUUCAAGAUAAGACUCUUAAAAACUGUUUAA